AUGGGAUGCACCACUAGCUCCUCGGCGGCGUCGGCAGGAGAGUCGCAACUCCGCAUGGCCAACGCCGGCUCUCUCGACGACGGCUUCUCCGAGAGACUAAAUCUGGAGGCGAAGAUCGUUCUGCUGGGAGACAGCGGAGUGGGGAAGAGCAGCCUCGCUUUGCGCUUCUGCCGAGGCCGUUUCCCACAGUACCACGAAGUAACGAUAGGCGCUGCGUUCCUGCAACAGACCGUCAAAGUUGCCAAUGAUGGUAGUCAAUUGAAACUUUACAUUUGGGACACCGGAGGCCAAGAACGCUUUCGCGCGAUGGCGCCUCUUUACUAUCGCGACGCUGCGGGAGCCGUCGUGGUCUACGAUGUCACAAACCUUUCGUCGAUGGACGCCGUGCGCUUCUGGGUAGAGGAACUGAAGCAACGGGGCCCGCAGAAUUGCCGCAUCGCCGUGGCAGCGAACAAGAGCGACUCGAUUGAACCACAAACGGAUUCUGAACUCGCGACUCCCCCAGAAGGAGAAACGAAAGCUGUCGACGCCGAAGCCGAACGGCGAGCGGAAAUGAAGAAAUACUGUGCUGCCGAGGGAAUGCUCUUCGUUGAGUGUUCCGCGAAGACGGGCUACAACGUUGGACUCCUCUUUGAACAACUUGCCAAGGAAGUUUUCGAACAGUUGAAGCAGAGCAUGAUGGAUUUGUGA